AUUCCUGGAGGAACCUCAUCGAGCACAUCGGGCUCUUGUAUCAGGAAUAUCGAGAUAAAUCUACGCGCCAGGAGAUUGAAACCAGACGACUGCAGGAUUCACAGACAGAACCUGAGGAGAGCUCACCCAGCGAGGAAACCACCCCAUCUGAAGCAGAACCUGCAAGUACACCUGAAAACAAAGCUCCACCGCAAAUCAGUUUGCUGAGGAACUCCAACUCCAGGUUCAACUUAUGGCAGGAUCUUCCUGAGAUCCGGAGCAGUGGUGUCCUCAGCAUCCUCCAGCCAGACGAGAUCAAGCUGCAGGAGGCCAUGUUUGAGCUGGUUACUUCUGAAGCCUCGUAUUACAAGAGUCUGAACCUGCUGGUGUCUCACUUCAUGGAGAAUGAACGCCUGAAGAAGAUCUUACACCAGUCGGAGGCACACAUCCUCUUCUCCAACGUCCUGGAUGUCAUGGCUGUCAGUGAGCGCUUCCUGCUGGACCUCGAGCAGCGGGUGGAGGAGAAUAUUGUGAUCUCGGAUGUGUGCGAUAUUGUCUACCAGCACACAGUUAACCACUUCUCUGUGUACAUCACCUACGUCUCCAACCAGACCUACCAGGAGAGAGCUUACAAGCAGCUUCUGCAGGACAAGCCAGCUUUCCGGGAAGUGAUCUCACAGCUGGAGCUGGAUCCCAAGUGCAAAGGCUUGUCCUUUUCUUCCUUCCUGAUUCUGCCAUUUCAAAGGAUCACUCGGCUCAAGCUGCUGGUGCAGAAUAUUUUGAAGAAAGUGGAAGAGAAGUCUGACAGAGAAAACACCGCCCUGGACGCACAUAAAGAACUGGAAACAGUGGUGAAAGCAUGUAACGAAGGCGUCAGGAAGAUGAGCCGAACAGAGCAGAUGAUCAGCAUCCAGAAGAAACUGGAAUUCAAGAUCAAGUCUGUGCCCAUCAUCUCUCACUCUCGCUGGCUCCUGAAGCAGGGGGAAUUGCAGCAAAUGAAUGGUCCAAAGACAUCACGAACACUUCGCACCAAGAAACUCUUCAGAGAAAUCUACUUGUUCCUUUUCAAUGAUCUGCUAGUAAUUUGCCGGCAAAUUCCUGGGGACAAGUACCAAGUGUUCGACUCGGCUCCCCGGGGGCUUCUUCGGGUAGAGGAGUUAGAAGACCAGGGGCAGAGUUUGGCCAACGUCUUCAUCCUGAGGCUGCUGGAGAAUGCAGAUGACCGGGAGGCCAGCUACAUGCUGAAAGCAUCGUCCCAGAGUGAAAUGAAGCGCUGGAUGAUUUCACUGGCUCCGAACCGGAGAACCAAGUUCGUUUCAUUUACAUCCAGACUUGUUGACUGCCCGCAGAUCCAGUGCGUCCACCCGUACGUGGCCCAGCAGCCAGACGAGCUGUCCUUAGAACUGGCCGAUGUCCUCAACAUCCUAGACAAGACAGAUGACGGCUGGAUAUUCGGGGAGCGUCUUCACGACCAGGAGAGGGGCUGGUUCCCCAGUUCUAUGGGGGAGGAGAUCCUGAACCCCAAAAUCCGAGCCCAGAACUUGAAGGAAUGUUUCCGGGUGCACAAGUCGGAUGACAGUCAGCGGAGGAAACUGGGCAGCAGAAACCGCCAAUGACUGCUGGCGUUCCUGAGCG